AUGGCAGCGUUUGAAGCAAGGAUGUGGUUUUCAAACGAAAUGUUAUUUGAGGAGGAAGAGCUCAAAACCGAUUUGCUGCUCAUAUUCGGGAUGGACCGGGGUGGGGCCUCCAAGAUGAUUCGCGAGGCGUGCCUGCGGAUUUCCUGGGAUGACAUGCAUGGGCUUGAAAAUCUAAUUUCCGUUGAAAAGGUUAGCCCGCAUGUGAAGGAAACGCGAAAAAACCGACGGUUUUACCUUUCUAUUUCAAGAAUGCUCAAGGAAAACAUGAGUUCGGUCCAGAGCAUUCUUGCGUGUCUGGAAAACAACCCGUGUCUGAAAGAGCGGCUUUUGGCUCCGGGUGCAACGCCCGAGCAGCGCCUGCGCGAUUUUUUUCAUUUUAGCAGCCUGCUUUUGACAGCGUGGGUCAACGCAAUGUAUAUGCUCCCACGGUUUAGGCCGGCCAAGCAGCCUAGCAGGCUCACUCAGCAAGCGCUCCAGGAUGUUUACACCAUGCUCUUGAAGAAAGCCGUGUUUACCACAGAAAACGAUGCGCGAUUUUUUUCAAAGGAGGGCCUGCAAAUGCAGGUUUUGAACAUGUGCAGAAUAGGGGGCAUGCAUGAGAGCCAAAUAGAAAGUGAGGAGCUUUCGAACAUUUUCCUAGACUAUAAAAACAUAACCAGCAUCGAAAAGGUAGUGAGUGAGAUUAAACUAGUCUUCGAGAGGGAGUUAGACUACAGAGAGGAAGCGAUGUCUAACGGCAUGGAUUAUUUCAUGGAUCCGGGCAUGGAAAGCAUGUUGAUAACGCUGAAGAUAAUAAUUAACAACUGGGACACAAUAAUGAGUGCAGAGAACCGCGUGCAAGAGCUUUUUUACAGCCAAGACCUGCUGGAGGCCCUGGCCGGCUUGGAUAUAGAUGACCCCGAGUCGAUCCGCGCCUUUCACAGCGCAGCUUUGGACUAUGUGCAGAAGAUCCAGCAGGAUCAAUCGGUGGACAUGCCCUUUUGCAAGGAUAUACAGCUCAAAGAGGAGAACCAGGAAGCCCUAUACGCAUCCAGCGUGUACCAAAACACAAAGAGAGAGCUCGUAAAGGAGGCACGGGCGUUUUUGCAUGUGGAAGACAUUGAGCUCUUCUCGAAGGUGGAUGAAUCUUUGUACAGAUGCUCUAUGGAGCCUUUCUUGAGCAUAAUACCCGAGGUUGCUGAAGAGAAAGGGCUUGAAUAUGGCAGAAAAGCGCAGGAAGAGCCUUCUGGAAAAGAGGGCAUGGAUGUCUUGGAGGAGGCAGAGGAAGAGCACCGCAUGGACAAGCCCGAUAUAGAGCCCAGCUGCCAAAGGGAAGCCUCUCCACAAGAAGCAUGGAAUGAUGAAGCGGGCCUAUAUGCCAACACUCACUUGGAGCGUGAGAAAGAGAGCGAGUGCUCGCUAGAAAGCGAGAAGGAAACAGGAGAGGCGUAUUCAGAGCUGGUGGAGGCGGAUAGAAAUGCUCUUUUGGAGGAAGAAUGCGCAGGAAUAGACACAAAGCCUGCGGUGGAGUUGAAAGAAUGUGGGCAUACGCUGAUAGAAAGCCUUGGGGAGCAUGCAGAAGAAGAGCAGCCGGGUUUUGUAGGGCUACAGGAAACCCCGGCGAUCCCUGAGCAGGACUUUGCUUCUGGCAGCGUAGCACGGCUAAAGCAGACGGGCCGAAAAGCACACAAGUCUUCGCCCAUUGAGCUUGCAAAACGCAAGAACGCACACAGCCAAAAAAGAGAAGAGCAGGGAUUUUUCGAGACGCAGAGUGUGCUUAUUGCGUUUGUUUUUGCCGCUGUCUAUAUGGGAAUAUGCACAUACUCGUGCAGAAUGGCUUACCUGCUUAUGCACACCAAGAAAUGCAGCUUUACCGUAGGCAGAGAGGCUUCUCUGGUAUUUUUGGUUGUCAUGAAAGCUCUUAGCGCCGCCGGCGUAAUUUUAUGCGGAAUAUUCCAGGCUCUUCUUAUUUCCAAGGCUAUAAAGAAGAGCAGGCGCGCGCUGGCUGUCGGCCUUGCAGCCUGCAUUCUGGCCAGCUUCCUUUUAGGCCUAUGCAUCCCCCAGUGCAUUGAUGCGCUGACAACCCGCUGGUAUAAUCUUUGGGCGAUCUGCACUCUGCUUGAGGUGUGUGGAGCCAUGAUAUUUACAAAGGCGCCGUGCGCUAUUGUGUCUCGAAGGAUAAAAAGCCCCUUGGAGAAAAUAAGCAUAGACUUAGCAAGGAUUCUGCUAAUUGCUCUGCCUUUUCUUAUGCUAAUAACCCACAUUGUUCUGUGCAAGAUAGAAGCCCUGGACAAACGGCUGGUUACUAUAUAG